AUGUCGCGCUCGAGCAACAACCGCAAGCAGCCGCUCGACUACGGCACCGCGGCCGCCAUCCGAGACCUGUGCGUGCACCAGGCGUGGCACGCGGUCAACCUGGCCAGCGGCGUGCCCUCCGACGCCAGGUGCGACGCCGAGGCGAUGAACGAGUCAAUCGAGCGGCUCGAGCACCUAUCCACGCGGGCAAUCGAGCACGCCAAGGAGCUGGCGAGCUCGUGCGCCUGGCACGCCGCGCUGCAGCGCAUGGAGGAGGGCUACCUCGGCAGCGGCCGGGUUCCGGCCGCCUCGCCCUUCUCUUCGUCCGACGCGGCGGCCGAGGCGAUCGAGCCGCUCAAGGUGGUGCACCGCACGCUGGCGCCCUCCAAUGGGGACCUGUACGAGCUCGCCAGCGGCGCCGCGUGGUACGCCGCUAACGAGCGCUCUGGGCUCGAGGACGAGUCUGCUGCGAGCCUGGUCAGCAUGUGCCGUGCGUUUGAGCGGCUCUACCGGCUGCAGCGCCGCCCGUGGCGCGGCGUCAACCUCGGCGGGUGGCUGCUGCUCGAGCGGGGCCCGUCGGCACCCUUCUACGAGGCGAACGGCAUCGUCGGCGACGACGGAGAGUGGGACGCCACCGAGGCGCUAAGCCGAGACGGCGGCUCCGGCGCCGUCACCGCUCUCGCCUACCACCGGCAGAGGCACUUUCGGGAGGGCGAUUUGGCCGAGAUUGCGCGGCGCGGCUUCAACUCUGUCCGGCUCCCCUUCGGCUACUGGAUCGUGACCGGACCGACGCACGGAGACCCGUACGUCGGCCCCUCGAUCGAGCUCAUCGACGCCGCCGUCGAGUGGGCCGCCCGGCACGGGCUGCAGGUCCUUCUCGACUUGCACGGCAACCCGGGCGGAGAGACGGAGGAGAAGGUCUGCGGCCGAGCGAAGCCGGACUGGAGCUGGGAGGACUGGAGGCGCGACGAGGCGCUCGAGGUGAUCGCGCUCCUUGCCGAUCGGUACAAGGAGUACGACCAUGUGACCGGGCUGCAGGUUUGCAACGAGCCGUCGCGCAGCUGCCCGCCCUCGGAGCUGCUCGCCCACUACAUCGAGGCGGUGGCGACGGUACGCGAGGCGGGCAUGCCGCCCGAGCGGGUGUCGGUUGUCUGCCCGUGCUACUUCCUCGAAGAGGACCGGCGCGACUUUCUCAAGGAGUGGCGCGAGGCGUGCGCGGCCGGCGAGCUCGACGGUGCGGUGCUCGACAUGCACCCGUACUUCUUCACUCCGUGGUCGAACGAGGUGACGAGAGGGCUCGUCUCGGACCAGGCGCGGGAGGAGGCAGAGUCGUGGGACUUGCUGCCCGCGUGCGUGGUCGGCGAGUUCUCUGCCGCGUUCCACACCUACCAGGGAGAGCCGUGCUGCGACCGCUCCGCCGAGGGGCGACAGUUGCUCAACGACUUUCUGCGCGUGCAGCAGGACGCGUACUCGCAGCAUGCGACACACGGCCACUUUUACUGGACGUGGUCGGAUGGGGCGGUGGGAUGUGGGCGCGCCCCCGUGCUCCGGGUUGCGCUUGGGGCAAGUCUGGAAGUGCUCUAUGGCUUGCUCUCCAGUCGUGACCGGCGUGCCGAGUGGAUCGGCAGGGUCGGGGUGGGACCUGGCGCCGUGGAGCGUUGGAUCGGCGGCAGCCAGUCGCCUGCCUCCGAUCCCGCGCUCCUGCGGCCACCGCCGCGGCGCGAGUCUGACGCGUGGCAGGGGCCUGCCGUGGAAGCCUUGCCUUGGGGUUGA